ACCCCGUUGGCUGCUUGCGUUCCGGCGGACCGGGAACGGGCUAUUGUUGUCAUCUCUGCGAUUUCGGUGACAGCUCCGCUGAAUCUCAACAUUUCACGAGCAACAAAAUAAUGCCAAAAGGAAGUCUUUGUUUUGCAACUGCACGGAUAGCGCAGAGAUAUCCAAAAUAUAAGAUAUUGACAUGAAGAAAGAUAUUGCAACGCUGAUAGCGGAGGAACGAGCAGACAUCAUCUUGAAGUACGACACGGGCAGGCAGGAGGGAGGAGAGAGGGACCAGUGGGAAGAUGCAGACUACAGUCUCUACAGAGUCACAGACCGCUUUGGCUUCCUGCAUGAGGAGGAGCUGCAGAACACUACUGCCCUGGAGGAGAAGAGGAAGCAGCAGGAGGUGGACAGGGUGGACAAAUGGCUGAAGAUGAUGAAGAAAUGGGAUAAAUAUAGAAACAGUGACAGAAUGAGGAGGAGAGUGUACAAGGGCCUCCCCCUGCAGGUGAGAGGGCAGGUCUGGGCUCUGCUGCUGGACCUGGACAAGAUGAAGACUGAACACCAGGGGAAGUACGAGAAAAUGAAAGAGCAAGCCAGAAUAUCCUCUUCAGAAAUAAAACAGAUUGAUCUGGACAUCAACAGAACAUUCAGGAACCAUAUCAUGUUCAUGGAUCGAUUUGGAGUCAAACAGCAGUCCUUGUUCCAGGUCUUGUCUGCGUAUUCUGUCUACAACACGGAAGUGAGCUACUGUCAGGGCAUGAGUCAGGUGGCUGCCCUGCUGCUCAUGUUCCUGAACGAGGAGGAUGCCUUCUGGGCCCUGGCGCAGUUGCUGACCAAUCACAAACACGCCAUGCACGGGUUUUUUGUCCCUGGCUUUCCUAAGCUUCUGAGGUUCCAGGUGCAUCAUGACCAGGUCAUCUCCAAGCUGCUCCCCAGGCUGAAGAAACAUCUGGAUAAGGAGCAGAUGUCUACAGGCAUCUACAGCACUAAGUGGUUCCUGCAGUGUUUCAUUGACAGGACCCCCUUCACCCUAACCCUGCGGCUGUGGGAUGUGUUCAUCCUGGAGGGAGAGUGCGUCCUGACAGCCAUGGCCCUCACCCUGCUGAGAGUGCACCACAAGCGUCUACAGGCCAUGUGUCUGGAGGACCUGAGGGAGUUCCUGCAGGAGACCAUCGGCCGUUCUCUCCUCCACAGCGAUGACAUCAUCAUCCAGCACCUGCAGGCCUCCAUGACGGAGCUACGCAGGAGAAAGCUGGAACCGCCCCCAGCCAAACCGGAGGAGUUUCCUCAGAGGCCUCUGGGUGCGGAGGUCCCAGGGCCCAGCCCAGCCUGGCCCCCCAGAGGAGCCCCCUCCCCGGGGACACACCGGCCCGGAGCUGGCCUGAGGCUCCACCUCUCCAGCUACCUUCCAGACCGAAUCUCCCCCGACCACAGCCCCCAGGAGGACAGGAAGGAGGCUCUGGGGGAGGACGACCCCCCGCCCUCCCCAGACCCCGUUCUCGUCCACUGCCAGGGCCCCCUCAGCCCGGACGGGCCACUGCAUGCAGGGCCCCCCCCAUACCAGCCACCAGGGGGCAGUGCUUCAGAGAGAGAGCUGCUGGUGUAUACACACACACACACACCUCCACAGACACCUCCACACACACACACACCUCCUCACACACAGCAGAGCCUUGAUGGGGGUCGGCCCAUGCCCCCAGCCUGCCACCCCCUCCUCGCCCCCCAGCGCUCCCCUCUCGCCCUGCAGGAUCCCCAGGACCCAGUCUGCACCGUGGGCCCAGGCUCCAACCCCGGCCUCCAGGCUGACCCAGCCUGCCAGCCUGUCACUCACUGACUGCUCUGGAGGAAGCCUCCUCGCUGGCCAGACACCCCCAGGCCUGCCCCCCCAGCCCAGCCCCCACAGUCCCUUCUAAUCCAGCUGAAACAGCAUCCUUCAUUUUUAUAGUCUUGUAAUGUUUUUAUUGAUGAGCAACAUGUUUAGCUAGAGACAUUGUCUUUAUGAAGUCUUUGUAAACAAUUUGAGAGCAAAGUUGUAUUCAUAUUUUUGCUACUUUGUUGUUUGUAUC